AUGAGGAAACGAGGGCGUUCUCAGCAACAGGAGGAGCCAGACACUACCAGAAAUCAGUUAGUGGCGAGCGCUGCCCGAUUACGCCAGCUUGAAAGGUUCAACUUCAACACUAACAGGUACGAUUUUGACGGCCUCAAUCCGGAAUUGGCUAUGCACCUUCUGUCAUUGUACUGGGAUCGUCAAUUAGACGUAGGUGCGGUCGUCUAUCGACCACUCUUCAUGAAGGAUAUGGCAUGCUCUGGGCCAUAUUUUUCUAAGCUUCUUUUGAACGCGAUAUACUUUACAGCCUCGAAAUAUUCGCCCCGCCUAGAGGUGCGAGAUGAUAGAAGUGAUCCACUGUCUGUUGGACGAAUGUUUCGGCGAAGGAUCACGCAACUGCUUAGCGACCAUAUUACCCGGAGCGAGAUCGCCACUAUACAAGCAUUGCUUUUAGUGGCGUCUUCUUUGUUUAGUUGGUGUGACGAAAAAAGCCUGGCUUGGCUCUAUUCUGGUAUGGCUAUCAAUAUGAUAACGGACUUGGGCAUCCAGGUGGAUAAUGGAAAUUAUCAAAAGGGCCACAGUCUAUCCCCUGAGGAAGCUGAAGUUCGGAGAAGAGUCUUUUGGGGUGCUUACGUUCUUGAUAAGUGUCAGUCGCUCUACCAAGGAAGGCCGAUCCGGCUGCGAGAGACAGAUUCGGCAAUCCCUUUAAGUUUCCUAGAUGAAUACGAGGAGUAUGAUCUAUUUGAUCCCGCAUCCUACGGAGACUCCAUAGGACUGCCACCUGUUCCGGCACAUUCGGUCUCGAUCUUGAAAAGAUACUGUUCUCUGUCCAGCAUCAUGUCCCGCAUCCUGGACACCUUAUAUACGGAGCGCAGUACUUCAAGGGAUCCAGUUAUCCUCUUCGAAUGCUCAACGUCUUUAAACCACAAAUUACAGUCAUGGUAUGAGGAGCUUACUUCAGGCCUCACUUCUAGAACGACGGGUUCCUCCAUAGCCAUCGCAUCCCCACACAUUCUAGCGUUGACUGCGUUAUACCAUACCUUGAAGAUCCUGCUCCAUCGUCCAUUUGUGUCGGACGGACAUCUGCGAAGCGCAUCACCAUCAGUUGCAGGCAUAGCCUUCGAGGCAUGUGCGACUGCCGCUAACGCGAUACAUGUCACGCUCGGUACUUAUAGGAAGUCAUUUUCGAUGCAACUAGCGCCGUACAGUAUAUCUUAUGCUACCUACGUAAGCGCCACUAUUCACGCUCGCAUGGCUGCACAUAGCCCUGCAGGCUCUCAUGUCCAUGACUGUCUUCAUAAUUGCCUCUCAAUUUUGAGGGAGCAUCAACGGUUAUAUCUAGGACCGAAGCGUGCCUUAGGGGUUAUACUGAACUUAAUCAAAGUGAUGAACAUUGAUAUUGACGAUUCGACUGCCACGGCCUCCAGUCAAAAUGAACCUAUUGCGCAGGUGACCUACCAAGGGGACGGUCUGCGAAACCCAGGACAUCUUGCUAGCCACCACGCAGGACUCUUUCAAGAACAAAACCAACCAUCUGACUUAGACUAUGACCUCCAGUAUGAUCUCCCAAUCUACGACAUUGACGCGAUCAUUCAAAGUUUUGACGGCCCCCAACCGAUCAACCUGCGACGUUCCGAGGGUGAGACAGCGCAAAACGAUCAUUCUCAUCACCCUGCGGUCACGGAUUAUCUAGAUUUCUCACUGCCACUGGAUCCGCUGUUUGGCCUGGACAAUUUUGGUGGGGUGGUCUGA